AUGUUUCAAGUACAAACUGAAUCUUUGAUCUCUGACUUAAGACAAACAAUGAUUAAUGAUUUUAUCUCAUCACUUUCAACAAUAAGAAAAACAACUCAAAGUAAUGCUUUGCUCACUGGACAACUAACUAAUUAUUAUCUUUAUCAAUCAAGCAGUAGUAUUCUUACAUUUACAUAUCCACAGUCAUAUGGUAAUUGUAGUUGUGGAUCUUCAGCUACAUGCACAUCUCAAUCUAGGAUUAUGGACUAUUAUAGCGGUAUAAUAUAUUUGUAUGUGCCAGGUAUUUACAUUGGAUGUUAUAUAAUUGAGUCAUUACUUCAAUCUGAUCUACGUUGUUUUUAUAAUCAGAGUUGUAUAGAUGAACUUCAACCAUUUUUAGCAUCAUUUUCACAAAUGAAUGUAUCAGCACUUGAUAAAUCAUUGUUAGUUCGAUUUAUGGAAAACUCAACAAUUCAAGAGGUGAUGGAUGAAUUAAUGAUCGAAACAUGGAACUCAUCAAUAAUGUAUGAGAGUUAUUAUAAUGAAUGUCAACCAUCACAAUGCAGUUAUACUGUCAAUACAAAGAAUAGUGCAAUAUAUAUUAUUACGACAUUGAUUGGACUAGUUGGUGGUUUAAUAACAGUUUUGAAAUUGAUCGUGCUAAGAAUGGUCAAACUUAUUACGCCUUACAUUCAACGACAUAGAAUGAGACAAAAUGCUGUAAUACCGUUCGGUUAA